UGGUGUGCAGGUUUUACGUCACGAUUUAACGUUAGCUAGCUGCUUUGGUUAUUGCGGGUGCGAAUAUCAGGUUAGAAAUUUCCCCCCAAAAUUGUGUUAACCACAUAAAUUACGCUUUGUGCAAGAAGCAACGCAGUGCAAACAUACAUCUCCGUGCGUGCGUAGAUAAUUGUAUUAGAAUGGUCCAGGUAGGUUAUACGCGUGAGCUCGUGCGGCACGUUAAUUGCUAGCAGAAUAACCGCUGGAACAUUUCUGGACAUGCUGGGCGACGCAAUGAUCACAACUGAGGGAUCAGAAGAAACAAAUGGAAGUUCGAAAGAUCGGACAUCCGAUGUUUCCUCCCGUAGAAAGCAAGAGCUAUCGAAUGCGUUUGAUGAGUCGCAGCAGGCGUCGCAGGCCGGACCACAGUCAUUAACCUGGUCGGAUCAAAGUUCUGAUGAGCCAGUAAAGCGAAGGGACCCAGGUUGGCAGAAUUAUGCCGUGGUGUCAAUUGUCUAUGAGCCCAGCACAUUAAAUCCACCUCCAGGAGAAGAAACUCCUCCCUGUAGUAUGAAUCCACACAACUUGAAAAGGUCGCGGAACGACACGUCGCUCGUUUUGUUGACAAGGAAGUUUUUGAACAUGCUGCAGCAGUCGAAAGAUGGCGUUUUGGACCUGAACUUGGUGACCCAGGAACUCAACUCCUCCAAAAGACGUGUCUAUGAUGUCACAAACGUCCUGGAGGGGAUCAACCUCAUCAAAAAGAUAUAUAAGAAUCAUGUACAGUGGUUGGGUGAUUGGCUCAACAAAGACACAAUUAAAAUGAUGAAUGACCUCUCUGAAGAAGAGAAGAAGCUGGAUGAGCUGAUCGAAAGCUGCACGAGAGCAAUUCAUGGGAUAUGUGUGGACGAGCAGACCAGCAGGUUUGCCUAUGUGACUUAUGAGGAUAUUCAAAGCAUUCCCAUCAUGAGGGAGCAAACUGUGCUUGUGGUCAAAGGCCCCGAAGACACGAGGCUGGACGUGACGCACCCAAAAGAAAGCUUGCAAAUCCACCUCAAGAGCACUCGAGGCCCAAUUGACGUGUUGAUCUGCUCAGACGAGCCUCUACCAAUGGAAGUCACAGAUGGGGAUUUGGACAGCGACGCCAAUAGAGACGCUGCCGCUGACUCAUUAUACAGCUCAUUUGUUCAGAUGCCCCUGAAAAGUGAACCCUGUUUUUAGAGAUGCCACUUUCCAAAAACAACAAGCCUGUUUACCAAACACGCACAACAACUCUGUUACAUUUAAAGAAAAACUCCAUCCAAGACCCGCAGAGCUUUGCCGCCUUCAUCACUGAAAAUGACCUCAUCACCGAUGAGCUUUUUGUCCCCCUCUGCUGAUAACGCACCUUUUCCCUUUCGGUACGCCCCCUUUGUAUCGGCCAUUGUCAUGCAAACUGUACAAGGAGCCAUUUAUUUACCUGAAUGUACCGAAAAUGGACUCACUGGUGUGAAUGGCAUACUGUAUGUAUAGAGUUGGUUGCAUCACAUACUGUAUGUACUUGUCCGAAUUGUUGUUUCAAAGUCACUAUUUACACAUUAUGCAUAUUUGUAGCCUUGUCUACAUGAAAUGACAUUUUCUGGAUUUUAGCUUCAGUCUGCUGUCAAUGUCAACAUACACUCAUGAAAUUGAUAACACUGACUUCAAUCGUGACCGUAAACGGCACCACGCAUCCAAAUCAUUUACAGUAGUCGCGUAAACGGAAUCAAUUCUCUAUGCUCAUGUGAUGAUUGAAUGUGGAAAGGUUUAAACACACUUUCAACUUUUUUUUAGGCUGAUUUUCUUUUGUUCAAGAGAACUUUCUGUUCUGUUCCCAGAUAUUCAUUUCACAAUGGAAAUAUUGCGUCUGUAAAGAUGGGGGGGGGGGGGGGGCCUCCUUAAAAA